AUGGCUGCGGCCCCGAAAGUUACAUGCCUGUCAGGGCCAGAGGUAAAUGUGGUUACCAACCUGAACCUCAGUGUCUCCUCCGGACCCGCCCCCUACAACCAGACAGCACUGCGAACCCCACCGUAUUCCCCAGAGGCCACUGCGUUGUUCGCAAUGGCGAUCACCCUCAUGAUGAUCCUCACCAUUGUCGGCAACAUCCUGGUCAUCAUCGCAGUGCUGACCUCACGCUCGCUCCAUGGCCCGCAGAACCUUUUCCUGGUCUCCCUGGCCGCAGCCGACAUCUUAGUGGCUACCCUCAUCAUCCCCUUCUCAUUGGCCAAUGAGCUUCAGGGAUACUGGGCGUUCCGCUCACUGUGGUGUGAGAUCUACCUGGCGUUGGACGUCUUCUUCUGCACAUCCUCCAUUGCCCACCUGUGUGCCAUCUCAUUGGACCGCUACCUGUCCAUCUCCCAGCCCGUGUCCUAUGGCAUCCAACGGACGCCGGCACGCAUCAAGGCAGCCAUCGUGGUCGUCUGGCUUCUCUCGGCCGUCAUCUCCUUCCCUCCUCUCCUCUCCCUGGAUAAGAGCAAGGGAGGGGUGGAGGUGUGUGAGCUGAACAACGAGCGUUGGUAUAUUCUCUACUCCACCAUUGGAUCGUUCUUCGCCCCGUGUCUCAUCAUGAUAGGGGUCUACAUCAGGAUCUACCAGAUUGCCAAGCAACACACAAGAUGUCCACUAGGGGAGAAACCCAACCAUAACAAAACUCCUGGAAACACAUCUAGCAACCCCACAACCCACGCACCUGGACCUGUCAUCAUCCCCCAACCCAAGCAUCUCAGCCAACCACAGAACCGCAGAGGGGAGGGGGGGAAAGCAGAUGGACAAUCUACAGACGCCGUACCUCUGAAGAGUCUCCCUGUCUCCUCCCCCUUGUCACCUCCUCCCCAGAGUGAGACCCAGGUCAAGAGUCAUCCCCAACCCCAGACCUCUUUACCAACCCCUGUCCCCACCUCACCCCAGCCUACCUCACCCACUGUAGCUCUCUCCCUCACACUCCUCCCCCCAGAUAGCCAACAUGAGGAGACCCACAAACAGGAUGACAGACAGGAGGAGAAACAUAGAGACACCACCAAUGAUGACAGCUUCAGCUUCGAGGCAGAGACGAGGGGAAGAGGAAAGGGAGGGCGAUCGGGAGGGAACGGGACAGUUAAGAAUAAUGGAGGAUCAAAGUCUGGAGGAGCACCUCUCUCUUCUCUGACCUCUCACGAGUUAAAAAAGACUGUAGCCACACCCACCGGUACAGUGCUGGCCUCUGAUAGGCCGGUUAAGCCACAGGCCACACCCAUGUCUCGGCGCAAGGCCAUGGUGAACCGAGAGAAGCGCUUCACGUUUGUCCUGGCCGUGGUGAUUGGAGUGUUUGUCAUCUGUUGGUUCCCUUUCUUUUUCUCCUACUCGCUGAAGGCCAUCUUUCCUGAGACUUGCUUGGUCCCUGCUCCCCUCUUCACGUUCUUCUUCUGGAUUGGCUACUGCAACUCCUGUCUGAAUCCCGUCAUAUACACCAUCUUCAACCAGGACUUCAGGAAGGCCUUCAAGAAAAUCCUCUGUAAGGACAUCAAGUGGACAUUCUUCUAG